AUGCCCCGUAACAUAAGUCUGUUCAUUAUCUAUCUAUCUAUCUAUCUAUCUAUCCAUCUAAGUCUGUCCGUUAUCUAUCUAUCUAUCUAUCUAUCUAAGUCUGUCCGUUAUCUAUCUAUCUAUCUAUCUAUCUAUCUAUCACAGCAUUUCGACCUUUCCUUUUCCUUUUCCUUAACAUCAAUAUGCUUUCCUUCUUCUUCCUCAAGAACUCUUUCUCUUCUACUUCUUUAUCACUGGUUCUUCCCUUCUUUCUUUCUGUCUUUCUUUCUUUUGUUCCUUUUUUCUUUUUUUUACCAGCACUGUAUCGUUUUUUUUCUUUUUUUUCACCAGCACUGUCUUUCCUUCUUCUUCCUCAUGAGUUCUUUUUUUCUUUCUUGCAAUAUUUUCUUUUUUUUCAUUAGCUGGUUAUGUCUUAUUUUUUCUUUAUUCUUUUUUGUUUCUUUCUUUUUCUUUCUUUCAUCAUUUUUUUUUUGUUCUCUUUCUUCUUUCUUUUUUUACUUUUUUUCUUUCCCUUUCUUUUUUUUUUUAAGAGCACUGUAUUUAUUAUCUUUCGCAAUUCUUUUUUUUCUUUUCUUUUCUUUCUUUUUCAUUAGCUCCACAUUAUGUCUUACUUUCUUUCUUUCUUUCUAUCUUUCUUUUUCAUCAUCUGUGGUAUAUUCUUCUUCUUCUACUUCUAUUUAUUAUCUCCGCCAUUCUUUCUUUCUUUCUUUCUUUCUUCAUCAGCUAUGGCAUAUUCUUCUUCUUUUUAUUAUCUUUACAAUUCUUUCUUUCUUUCUUUCUUUUUCAUCAGCUGCUGCAUAUUCUUUUUCUUCUUUUUAUUAUCUCCGCCAUUCUUUCUUUCUUUCUUUCUUUCUUUUCUUUCUUUCUUUCUUCAUCAGCUAUGGCAUAUUCUUCUUCUUUUUAAAAUCUGCUGCAUAUUCUUCUUCUUCUUUUUAUUAUCUCUGCCAUUCUUUCUUUCUUUCCCAUCAUUUGUGGUUUCUUCUUCUUCUUCUUCUUCUUCACUGGCUGUUUCCUUCUUUCUUUCUCUGUUUUUCUUUCUCUCCACCAUUCCAUCUUUCUUCUUCAAUAAUCCUACCAUAUUAUUAUUAUUAUUAUUAUUAUUAUCUGCAAUUGUUUGUUUGUUUCUUUCUUUCUUUCCUUCUUUCUUUCUACUUCACCAUCUCUCAUAUAUCCUUCCUUUUUGUGCUUUGUUGCCUCAUUUGCUUUAUCUCCUCCCAUUCUCCGUCUCUCCCUCUCUCUCUCUCUACCCAUCACUCUGACUUCUCCCUACAAACCUCACACGUUAUAUUCUCUCUCUCACCGCCCUCCUCCUCUCUCAUGCUUAUCUCAUCAUCCUGCAAACAAACGUCUACAGAUAAACGACAACAACAGUAA